GGAGGUGGCAAAUUUGAGCGUGGGAAAAACAGUUGACUCUCCCUAAAAAUAAAGCGGACACUUCCAUACCGUUUCAUCACUCGUAGAAAAAUACAUCUACUACUGUACUACUCCCUGUCAAACUGUCAUAUGCCAAGAAACUCGCCAUUUCUUCACCACCAAAAACAAAAAUGGCGGCCUUCAUUACUAGAGCUUGCAUUCUCCCAACAAUGUCGAUCGCUAACCCUAACCCUAAGUAUUCGCGUUCACACGCAGUUGACGCGUACUACAUUAAACGCGCCGUCGAAUUGGCCGACAAAUCCGCCGGAUUUUCAUCGCCUCACCCUAAUUUCGGCUGCGUAAUCGAAGCCGGAAGAGUCGUUGGAGAAGGUUAUCUCUACGCUCAAGGAACUACUUCGGCGGAACUUCAGGCUGUUGAAGCUGCUGGUGUGUGGUGUCGAGGUGCUACUGCUUAUCUUAAUAUGGAACCUGGUGAUUGCCAUGGUGAACAUACUGCUGUUUCUGCUAUUGUUCAGGCAGGAGUCAAGAGAGUGGUGAUCGGAUUACGACAUCCGUCGAAACAUCUGAGAGGAAGCGCGAUUCAAGCGUUUCGAAGCGAAGGAGUUCAAGUUGAUGUGCUUGGUGAGGAUUUGCAAAGCGAUGUUGUCGAGGAAGCUUUAAAAUCUUGCCUUCUCGUGAAUGCUCCUCUGGUUGUCAGGGCUGCUUCCCAGGUCCCAUACUCAGUUCUCAAGUAUGCAAUGACCCUUGAUGGGAAGAUAGCUACUAAUAGGGGGCAUUCAGUAUGGAUAAGCAGCAAUCUGUCGAGGCACAGGGUUCUUGAACUCAGGGGUCGAAGUGAUGCUAUUAUUGUUGGAGGAAACACUGUACGAAACGAUAAUCCUCGGUUAACUGCAAGGCAACAAGGUGGGCACUCACCCGUACGGAUUGUUGUGUCACAGUCGCUGGAUCUCCCUGAGAUAGCACACCUUUGGGAUACUUCCGAAGUGCACACCAUUGUCGCAACACAGAAAGGUGCUAGAAGGAGCUUUCAGAAGUAUCUUGCUUCCAAAGGUGUUGAAGUGGUUGAAUUUGAUAUUUUAAAUCCUAGAGAUGUGAUGGAGUACUUUUAUGAGUGCGGUUAUCUUUCGGUCCUCUGGGAGUGUGGUGGGACAUUGGCUGCUUCCGCUAUUUCUGCUGGUGUUAUACAUAAAGUGUAUGCUUUUAUUGCUCCAAAAAUUAUUGGUGGAAAGGGUGCCCCAUCUCCUGUUGGUGAACUUGGCAUGGUUGAGAUGAAUCAAGCUCUUAACUUACACGAUGUCAGUUAUGAGCAGGUUGGACCGGACAUGCUUGUUAGUGGAUUUCUUCAGCCGAUUCCUGAUUUGACACCUAGCAUUCCGUCUUUAUCUGAAAUAUCGAAAAUUGAUCCAUCUAUUAACCCUUAUGAAUCGACAAUUAUAUCCUUCUACAAGACGUGGGAUCCUUACGGUUCUUUCUCCAAUUUCUCACCUCAUCCUAUACAGAUGCCAGAUGAGGGUGGUGAUUAUUCAACCUGGACAAGUGUUGAGCAUUAUUACCAGGCACACAAGUUUUAUGGUGUACAAGAUCCUGUGGCGCAUGACUGUUUUGAGGCCAUAAAACGUGCAAAAAGCCCUGAGGAAGCAGCCAGGAUAGGAAGGAAGAUGCAGAGGAAAAGACCUGAUCUGGUAAGACCGGAUUGGGAGACGGCAAAAGUUGAUACUAUGUACAAGGCAUUGAAAUGUAAGUUCUCGAUCUACCCACACUUGAAUUCCAUGCUACUGUCAACUGUUGGGUCUAUUCUUGUCGAAGGUUCACCACAUGAUCUCUUUUGGGGAGGUGGACGUGAGGGAGAAGGCCUUAAUUAUUUAGGGAGGUUGUUGAUGCAGUUGAGAUCAGAGUUUGCGGGAGAGUCCUCCGCAUAAAUUGAAAUUUCCUCCGCAUUAGUUCCACAUAUAUAUUCUUAGCAUAGAAAAGGCCAUAAAAAAUAUAGAGAAGGCAAAGCUUGUAGCCUUGUACUAUAGUCUGGAUCCCCAAAGGAACAGGGUUAUAGGAGGCAAAGUUUUGUAUGAUUCGUCCACGGUUUUAUCAUUGAUUAUGUUGUAGUAAUUUUGUUGUGAACUUUCUGUAAUUUUGCAAGUGUUGCUCGUACUUGAUCCAACACUAAAAUAAUGUGAUAUGAUGUUUCUCUGAGAA